CCAGAGCGCAGUCCGGGGACCAGCGGCCAGCCACAGCCGCUGCAGCGGGGGCUUCGGGCUGCGGGGAGCGGCGGACGCGCCAUGGGGUCCACGGAAUCAAUGAGGACCUAGGCCAGCUGCCUCCUGACUAUCUCCCCCAGCCUGUCAUCAUGGCCCCCCGCAAGAGGAGCCGUAAUGGCCUGGGCUUCCUGUGCUGCUUUGGAGGCAGCGAGCUCCCUGAGAUCAACCUCCGGGACAACAAUCCUCUGCAGUACAUGGAGUUCUCCAGUCCCAUCCCGAACCCUGAGGAGCUCAACAUCUGCUUUGCAGAGCUGGUGGAUGAAUUGGAUCUCACUGACAAGAAUCGGGAAGCUGUAUUUGCUCUGCCACCAGAGAAAAAAUGGCAGAUCUACUGCAGCAAGAAGAAGGAGCAAGAAGAUCCCAACAAGAUGGCAACUAGCUGGCCUGACUUUUAUAUUGACCGUAUCAAUUCUAUGGCUGCAAUUCAGAGUCUGUAUGUAUUUGAUGAGGAGAAUAUGGAAAGGAGAAACCAGAUUGUGGAAGACCUGAAGACGGCUCUUAGAACACAACCUAUGAGGUUUGUGACUCGCUUCAUUGAGCUGGAGGGCUUGACCUGUCUGCUGAAUUUCCUCCGGAGCAUGGACCAUACCACCUGUGAGAGUCGCAUUCAUACCUCCCUCAUUGGCUGCAUCAAGGCUCUAAUGAACAACUCCCAGGGGAGGGCCCAUGUGCUGGCACAGCCUGAAGCCAUCAGCACCAUUGCGCAGAGUCUGCGCACAGAGAACAGCAAGACCAAGGUGGCAGUGCUAGAGAUACUGGGUGCUGUGUGCCUUGUACCUGGUGGCCACAAGAAGGUGCUGCAGGCCAUGCUCCACUACCAGAUGUAUGCUGCUGAGAGGACACGCUUCCAGACCCUGUUGAAUGAGCUUGAUCGAAGUUUGGGCCGAUACAGGGAUGAAGUGAAUCUGAAAACAGCCAUUAUGUCCUUCAUCAAUGCUGUUCUCAAUGCAGGAGCUGGAGAGGAUAAUCUGGAGUUCCGCCUCCAUCUACGGUAUGAGUUCCUGAUGCUGGGAAUACAGCCUGUGAUUGACAAGCUCCGUCAGCAUGAGAAUGCUAUCCUGGAUAAGCAUUUAGAUUUUUUCGAGAUGGUCCGAAAUGAGGAUGAUCUGGAGCUAGCCCGGAGAUUUGACAUGGUCCACAUUGACACCAAAAGUGCAUCCCAGAUGUUUGAGCUGAUCCACAAGAAGCUGAAACACACCGAAGCCUACCCUUGCCUGCUGUCUGUGUUGCAUCAUUGCCUGCAGAUGCCCUACAAGCGCAAUGGGGGCUACUUCCAACAGUGGCAGCUCCUGGACCGUAUCCUCCAGCAGAUUGUCCUGCAGGACGAGCGGGGCAUAGACCCAGACUUGGCUCCCCUGGAGAACUUCAAUGUCAAGAACAUCGUCAACAUGCUCAUCAAUGAGAACGAAGUAAAACAGUGGCGAGAACAGGCAGAGAAGUUCCGGAAAGAACAUUUGGAGCUGGUGAGCAAGCUGGAGAGGAAGGAACGAGAAUGCGAGACAAAGACAUUGGAGAAGGAAGAGAUGAUGCGGACAUUGAACAAGAUGAAGGACAAGCUGGCUCGUGAAUCCCAGGAACUGCGUCAGGCUCGAGGACAAGUGUCAGAGCUGGUGGCCCAAAUCACUGACAGCUCGACUAGAUCCGUAGUUUCUCCACCUCCUCCAGGAGGUCCGCUUACUUUGUCUUCCUCUGUGACAAGUGACCUGCCUCCACCCCCACCACCAUUGCCAUUUGACUGCUGCCCACCACCACCACCACCCCUUCCACCUGGUGUGCAUCCCACACCCCCAGGAGCUCCACCUUGCUUUAACUUGGACCGAACAUCCUCUUCUGACCCCUUAUUCAGCAAUGAGAUGCCACUCAGGAAGAAGUGUAUUCCCCAGCCUUCCCACCCACUGAAGUCCUUCAACUGGGUCAAGCUGAGUGCGGACCGUGUAUCUGGCACCAUAUGGAAUGAGAUGGAUGACAUGCAGGUGUUUCGGAUUUUGGAUCUACAGGACUUUGAAAAAAUGUUCUCAGCUUAUCAGAGGCACCAGGAGCUGAUAACUAAUCCCUCUCAGAAGUUGCAGAAAGAGCUGGGGUCCAAUGAGGACAUCUACCUGACUUCCCGCAAGGUCAAAGAACUGUCAGUCAUCGAUGGUAGGCGGGCCCAGAACUGCAUCAUCCUUCUCUCCAAGUUGAAGCUUUCAAAUGAGGAGAUACGGCAGGCCAUCCUGAGGAUGGAUGAACAGGAGGACCUGGCUAAGGACAUGCUGGAACAGCUGCUCAAGUUUAUCCCAGAGAAGGGGGAUGUGGACCUUCUGGAGGAGCACAAACAUGAGAUAGAGCGGAUGGCCCGAGCUGACCGCUUCCUCUAUGAAAUGAGCAGGAUCGAUCACUACCAGCAGCGACUACAGGCACUCUUCUUCAAGAAGAAGUUUCAGGAGCGGUUGGCUGAAGCCAAACCCAAAGUAGAAGCCAUUCUGCUGGCCUCCCAGGAGCUGAUCCUCAGUAAGCGUCUGAUGCGGAUGCUGGAAGUUGUGCUGGCCAUUGGCAACUUCAUGAAUAAAGGGCAACGUGGGGGUGCCUAUGGAUUUCGGGUGGCCAGCCUCAACAAGAUCGCUGACACUAAGUCCAGCAUUGACAGAAACAUCUCUCUGCUCCACUACCUGAUUAUGAUCCUGGAGAAGUACUUUCCAGACAUCCUGAACAUGCCCUCAGAGCUGAGGCAUCUCCCAGAAGCUGCCAAAGUCAACCUGUCAGAACUGGAAAAGGAGGUGAGCAACCUCAAGAUGGGGCUCAGAGCUGUUGAAAUGGAGCUGGAAUAUCAGAAAUGCCAGCUACGGGAGCCCAAUGACAAGUUUGUCCCAGUUAUGAGUGACUUCAUUACUGUCUCCAGCUUCAGCUUUUCAGAGCUGGAGGAUCAGCUCACUGAGGCCAGGAACAAGUUCUCCCAGGCCCUGUUGCACUUUGGAGAGCAUGACAGCAAAAUGCAGCCGGAUGAAUUUUUUGGAAUCUUCGACACCUUCCUGCAGUCCUUCUUGGAGGCCCGGCAGGACCUGGAGGCCAUGAGGAAGAAGAAAGAGGAGGAGGAGCGUCGGGCAAGAAUGGAAACCAUGCUGAAGGAGCAGCGGGACAGGGAACGAUGGCAGCGGCAGCGGAAGGUGCUGGCAGGCAGUGCGCUGGAGGAGGGUGGCGAGUUCGACGACCUGGUGUCCGCCCUGCGCUCCGGGGAGGUUUUCGACAAGGACUUAAGCAAGCUCAAGCGCAGCCGCAAGCGAUCCGGGAGCCAGGCGAUAGAAGCCACCCGCGAGCGGGAGCGAGAGCGGGCCAUUAACAGGCUAAAUUAUUGACCAGGGGAUUCACCAGGGCUGGAGGGGUGAGGGGAGACACCGGUGAUCCUGACAUAAUUGGUGCUGGGCUGGGAGCCCUGGGCUGGGUCCUGGGCAGACGGGUUGGGGUGGGUGGGGCUACAUGUGGCAGGACCAAGCGUCCCCCAGGUACCCGAAGGUGCCCCACUCGCCUCCUCUUCCCCUGCUUCUUUCUGAAUCCUGCCCCCCCUGGGGGCCUCUCAGCCUGACAUGGUCAUUUUCUUGCAAGGCCCCAGAAGAAGGGGUGCUGCUAACCCGCCUCCCCCAAAAGGCACCCACAUUUGGACCCUGCGUGAUUCCAGAUCUAGACCAUAAUCAUUCCCAAGCAUGGUCCAGAUAUAAUAUACAGUGGGGAGGAAAUUAGGUGGCAUAGUGGGGUAAAGCUUAGAUCCAACAUGGGGGGAAUCUGGAUUUCCAUCUCAAGAGGAGAUUGAAUGGAACAUUUAUGAGGGGCAGAAGGGCCUUUGAUAGAAAAGGAAGAGCAGGACCAAGAGAUCAGGACUCUGAGAGCAGUACCUGUUCCUCCUCGCUUGUCGUCUGGCCUUUCUGUCUCUUCUUUCCCUCCUCCAUGGUAGGCUCUGUAUUCCCAUCCUAAGUCCAGAACACUCCCUGAAGCUAUGUCUCCCUCUUAGAUCUUAGUGAGUCCCCUAAGAGGAAGAGGUCAAGAAAACUCCCACUUACCACACCUUGUGCCUUGGGUGUAGGGUUUCUCUCCUAGAAGACUCCUCCCACAUCUCUCACUAAAACAAGACCCUGAUCUGGAAUGGGGGACAGUAUGACCCCCUCAGGUGGGCAGGAGGUAUUCCCACAACUCCUCACUAGAGGGCAGCACUUGAAUGCGUCAUUCUUCCAAGAUCUGCCCAAUGCCACAUUAGGAAAAACCCACAUCUUGCCCCAAUGUGAGCCUCAGUGACUGCCACUCUGUUCAGCCUGCAAGAGUCCAUUUCCAACUUCAUUGUGUUCUUUAAGGCUGGCCCUGGGACAUCAGUGCCUGAGAGGGCAACAGAGACCAGGGUCCCCUCUCUAUCACUGUCAUUGAUAGGGUGUUCCUUCCUUUGAGGCCUUCAUUAGAGAUGGUCCAGACCCCAGCAGACCAGAGAAAGUGGGGGCUGGGGGGAAGAGCUUCUAGGAUGGAAGGUGUGCUAAGGGCCAAGUGAAAAGCUAAGAAGAGGGUUCCAGAUCCCCUUCCUGGUUACUUGAUUAGGUUCUUCCUCCAAUUUGGGUCCUCUUGACCCCUCUCAUCUCCUUGGGGAGGAGGGAAAGAGCCACUUGGAGAUAAAUCCUGACCCUGGUUAAAGUAGAGAAAGGCCUCCUUGAAGUUUUUGUUUUCACUGUAUUCUCCCCAAGCUAGUUGACCUUUAUUCUCUGACCCCAGGCCCUAAUACCCUCCCACUCCUGCUGUCCUUCCCUUCCUUUCUCCCUCUUCAACCUGGUCCUCUGGCUCAGGGCUAUUGCCAUUGGACAGACUGGUGGGCUGGGCCCACUUUUCAGCUGUAGCAGAUUUCCUAGGGGUGGUUGCAGGGGAGGACUACUGAUGAGCCCCGCAUGUGUGUUGGUUUGAGGAGUAAAGAAUCGGAGCUAGGGCAGGCCUGGCCUGGAGCAGAGAGCCCAUCCUGGAUCCCAAGUGAGGGCAAGACAAAGAAAGGCUCCUGGAAGAGCAACCACAGAGCUUUGCUGCAACUGUGCCACUCAAGAAGCUGGCACUGGAGGGUGGGGCCUCUAAGGGUUUCUCUCAAAUGGGUCAGUCUGGACUGGCAGCGUCGACCUGACUCACUCGGGAAGAGAAAAGCAUGGGGUAGGGAAAGGCUCUGGUUUUGUUCCACAGGCUUGUCCAAGCCAAACAUCCCCACCCACCUCAAAAGAUGCAAUACACACGGAAAAGGAACAUGGAAGCUGGACAAGAUGCGAUGGAGCCAAGGAGAGUAGUUUCUUGAACUGUUUACAGAGGACACAUGCAUUGUUCCAGAGGUCGGGCUUCUCACACACCCCAAAGAAUUUUUUCUUCAUCCCUAUUUAUUAUUUUCAAGAUCUGGCCAGUGGCUCUAGCAACAGCUGCCACUAAGCUAGGUCUCCAAUAGUGCCUUGGACCAUGAACCCUCAUGGCCCCCUCAGCAAAAGGGCUGGUGCCCUGCAGAAUGCUGAGCCAGUCCCUGAGAUGCACAAUGUUUACACCGACAGUAUUUGUUCCUAGGUUUUGAUUUCCCUAUCCAUGCCCCAUUCCCCUGCCAUCUUGAGGCAGAUUUCACCAGCUGUUUAAUUUCGUGUUCAUUGUAAAAUUCAGUUAAACUGAAGCAAACUGUCUCUUCUCAGCAUCAGCACCAACCCCAACCCUCCCCUGCAAUGAAGUAAGGUGUAGUGGGAGAGAACAUACUCCAGGUGUGUGUGUGGGGGAAGAGUCCAGGCUAGGGUCUUCCCCCAAUUCCCAUCAACUAGGCACCCAUCUUCACUUCUGCCAAAAUGCUUUUCCAUCAAGGCCACUCUCCUGUGGUCUCAGACGACAAAUUGAGGCACAUGUACAAAAUCUGUGGUGACCUUUUCACCUGCACCUUUUUUUUUUACAAGAAUAUAUUGUAAUACUAAAAAAAUAUUAAAUCCAUACCAUUCCCACCCA